AUGGCUGCUGCCCCAAUCAUCUGGAUAAAUGCCUUCCCCGGCACCGGCAAGCUUACAGUGGCCGAAGCUUUGGCAACGCUCAUUCCGAAGUCAGUCGUUAUCGACAACCAUCAGCUUAUCGAUCUUGUAAAACUAAGCCGGGACCACCCAUGCUACCAAAUUGAGCGCAAGAAGGAGCGCGAGAAAGCCUUCAACAAAUAUCUUUCCAGCCCCGGUUGGGCAGAACACACAAUAAUCUUCACAGAUUUCCAAACCACCAACCAAUUGGGUGAGAGUGUAGCGAGAGAGUAUCAAGCUGCCGCAAAAGCCGCUAAGAGGCCGUUCAUACCGGUGUAUUUAACCUGCGACUGUGAGGUUAACAUAACGCGUGCCACUAGCUAUGAGCGGUUACAAGGGGGCACGACCAAGUUGACAGACCCAACCAUGAUAAGGGACUUCAGAAGCAGAUGUAGUAUCUUCCAGUUUGAAGCGGAAGAUCACCAGUCAUGCUUGAUUGACACAACAAGUUUGGCACCCGCUGAUGCGGCGUCAAAAAUCAUGGAGUAUUGCCAAAGUCUAGGAACCUCAGCAUUAUAG